UCUGAAACAUAAAACGGUCUAUAUACAUCAAUUUCGGAAAUUUACUAAGGGAAUAAAACUCAGGAAAUAAAAUUAUAUAUAAUAACCUAACACAUACAUAUUCCUGCAUUGGUGUAUGUACGCAUGUGAGAAAUGAUUUGGUACGUCCUGUGAAGUACAAAAAGUGUAUAAUGGAUACAAACUUCGUUGACAUGGCAUACGAACGUUAUGGAAUACUAGUACAAAAUGAACAAUACGAUGAAGAUUUAACAAAGCCUGAUGACAUUCAAAAAAUUAAUAUCAACAAUGCCGUUUUUAUUCCGGACGGCAUUUCCAGCAGCAGUCAAAUAAAUGCACAAAGAAAUAAAAUGUUUGAUUCGUUCCUUCAGUCGGAAACUCAGUUUAGUGAAAACAUAAUGAAUACAAGUAUGCAUGGAAAACAGUUACUGAAAGCAUCGGAGAACGUUUGCCCAUCUAAAAUAAAGAAGAAUGCCAAGCACUAUUUGACAAACUUUGAAAUGGCGGAAAACAGCGAUUGCUCCGAACAGCACGAAAUUUCAAAGGCGUUGGUAAAUUGCCUUCAAAACAAUGUAAGAGAAAUAAAAGAGUCUGAUAUUGGCAACCGCAUUACUGAAACUUCCGAAACAAUUGGGCUUAUAUCAUCUGGAAAGUCGAGACGCUGGGAACAAAAACUAGUUCAAAUUAAAACAAUGGAAGGGGAAUUCAGUGUAACUAUGUGGGCAUCUGGAACAUCCGAUGACGAGUACUCUGGGUCUGAGCAAAAUAUUGGCGAAACGGAUUUUAUGAAAGAAAAAGAUAACUCAUCUGAUGGGGCAAUGGUCAUUUCACAGAGCCAUGAAACUGAAUUAGAUUUUGGACACGAGGAAUCUAUGUUACGGCAACAGUUGUUGUUCCAUCAAGAAUUGCAAAUGCAGCGGCAGUUAAAUGCUGUUCCGUUAACAGGACAGUUACCAAAGGAGAAAAAACUUCCUGCGCAAGUAAAGAAUCCUUCCAUUAAAAGCCUCACCAAAUCAAUGUCCAGUUGUGAAACUCAACCUCUGUUAACAAAUUCCAUUAUAAGUGCCCAGGCUAUAAAUCGGUCUGGCGCUAUUACAAUUGAAAGUCACAAAUUAUUAGAUAAUGAUAAUGUUUGCGAUUCACAUUCGGCAGGAACACUGCCUUUUGGUCUUGUUCUGCAAGGAAGUCUACAAUCAGAUAGAUCGUCAACUCCACCUCAACUACCAUAUAAUGAAAACUUGGGAGCUUCAGUCACAACCACUGAUCUGGAACUCAACAAUUCCCAUGACUUGGUGGCUUAUCCAAACGAUAAAAAAAUAGCAUGCCCCCAUAAAGGAUGUCAUAAAAAUUUCAGAGACUCGUCUGCAAUGCGCAAACAUUUACAUACGCAUGGUCCUCGUGUGCAUGUUUGUGCAGAGUGCGGAAAAGCUUUUGUAGAAAGUUCUAAGCUAAAAAGACACCAGCUCGUUCACACCGGAGAAAAACCAUUUCAGUGUACUUUUGAAGGAUGUGGAAAACGUUUUUCCCUUGAUUUUAACUUAAGGACACACGUAAGAAUACACACCGGAGACAGGCCAUUUGUUUGCCCCUUUGAUUCCUGCAAUAAAAAAUUUGCUCAGUCCACAAAUUUAAAAUCACACAUAUUAACUCAUGCAAAAGCAAAGAGGAACACAGGUACUAUGCGCCACAGUACUUGUUCGAACAACGAUUCAAACAGUCCUAGUGAUGAAAGAAAUUCAACAAAUUAUAUUAAGGUAGAACUGCGAGAUAAUGUUUCAGAAAACAAUGUUCCCUUUGUAGUGUAUGCAGACUGACAAGUUUGUAUAUUUUUAAAUGGUAUGAAUAGAAUAUAUGUAUUGUAAGAUUAUGUUUAUAAUAUAUUAUGUAAGAAUCUUUCCCAAACAUACAUGGAUGAA